UGUCAUCGCUUCCUAGGUAAACCUGAACCAAGCUGUCAUGAAAAUGCGCCAACCUCAGUCUUGCCCGGUGAGGAGGAACUUCCUGUCGGGGAUCCAGGUGGAGUUCAAGCAGUCGCUCCACCAGCGCAGCCUGAGAGCCCAGCUGCACUGGUUGCAGGUGGACAACCAGCUGCCAGGUGCCGUCUUCCCCAUCGUCUUCCAUCCAGUUCCUCCACCAAAGUCUAUCGCUCUGGACUCAGAGCCAAAGCCCUUCAUGGACAUGUCGGUCAUCAUGAGGUUCAACCAGCACAGCAGCGUCAUGCAGUUCAAGUACUUCAUGGCCUUAGUUCAAGAGAUGGCCGUGAAGAUCGACCAGGGUUUCCUGGACGCUGUGGCGGCUUUGUUUGCUCCGGCUGCAAACCUGCAGAAUGACGGACAGAAGUCGGGGCUGAUCGAAGGAGACCUGAAGCGUCUGCAGGCAGAGCCGACGGACGCCUCCCUGGCAGAUGGCUCAGGAAUCAGCUUCUUUGAAUUUUUUCACAUCUCACCCAUCAAGCUCCACCUCAGUCUGUCUCUGGGCUCCAGCGAUGGCGACUCUGCCCAGCAGAACCCCAUCACCCAGUCCCUGAACCUGGUCCUGAAAAGCAUCGGGGCUACGCUGACCAACGUUGAUGACAUCAUCUUCAAACUGGCCUUCUUCGAGGUGAAGUACCAGUUCUACAGCAAAGAGAAGCUGAUGUGGGCCGUGGGCCGACAUUACACCGAGGAGUUCCUGAAGCAGAUGUAUGUUCUGGUUCUGGGCCUGGAUGUCCUGGGGAAUCCUUUCGGACUGAUCCGAGGCCUGUCUGAAGGGGUGGAGGCCUUCUUCUACGAGCCGUUUCAGGGAGCUGUUCAAGGCCCGGAAGAGUUUGCAGAAGGUUUUGCCAUCGGCGUCCGCAGCCUGCUUGGUUCAACUGUCGGUGGCGCCGCCGGAAUGUUCUCCAAGAUCACCGGAUCCAUGGGCAAAGGCCUGGCAGUAAUCACCAUGGAUAAGGAGUUCCAGCAGGAGCGUCGGGAGGAAAUGAACCGACCCACCAGGGACUUCAAAGGCAGUCUGGCCAAAGGGGGGAAGGGUCUGCUGAAGGGCGUCGUGGGCGGAGUUACAGGCAUCGUGACUAAACCUGUGGAAGGAGCCAAGAAGGAGGGGGCGGCCGGAUUCUUUAAGGGGAUCGGGAAAGGUUUGGUGGGCGUGGUGGCCCGGCCCACCGGCGGCAUCGUGGACAUGGCCAGCAGCACCUUCCAGGGAAUCCAGAGAGCGGCCGAGGCGACGGAGGAGGUGACCAAACUCCGGCCGGUCCGUCUCAUCAAGGAGGACGGCGUCAUCCGACCCUACGACGCCACUGAGUCGCAAGGAUUCGACCUCUACCAGCGCACCGGGAUCAAACCUCUGGAGGGGGAGGCGUUCCGGACGCACUGCCCCAAUCCUGCCCACAGGAAGUCCAACAUCAUCGUCACCAACAGGCGGGUGUUCUGUGUGAAGGAGAUGGACCUGUUGGGUCACCUGAUCACCGACUGGGAGUGUCUGUUUGAGAACUUCCACCGUCCUCCAGCUGUGAGCGGAUCAGAGCUGAAGAUCUACUGCAAGGAGAUUCAUAAACUGAAGCUUCCGAAAAACCAGGAACCAGUGAGAACGCUUCAGUUAAAAGACCCUCAAAUCGCCCAGAAGCUGCACGAGGCCAUAUGGGACGCUCAGGACGCCCAGAAGCAGCACCACAUGGUCAGGCAGAAGUCCCAGCGCUUCCUGAGGCUCAGCAAGAAGCAGUGAUGUCACAUCCUGUCUGGGGCUCCGCUGGGUGCUGGUCUAAGUUGGUCUGUCGGCGACUCAGCUGUCUGGUUUUGGUUUUCUACGUCUUCCUGUUCCUGGAGAAAUGUUAUUGUUUGCCUAAAGCUGUUGAUGGAUCAUGUCUCAGUGCGAGGCGAUCAUGAUGCCAAACGCUCAGUGGUUUGCUGGAACUACGUUCUUCUGAAUAUCUGGGUUAUUUUGUCCCUGCUUUCUGUCUGCAGGUUUAACGAAGCCAUUUAAACUUUUUGCACUAGAUUUGCAUCGACCACUGUCCCAAUAAUGGAUGUUUACAUCACUGUUGGAUUUAAGCACAAACCUUUGGAUAAAUUAUAUUCCUAGAAAGUUUGUAUCUUCAACAAAAAAAAAUCAAUAAACCUAAAAAUGAUUAAUCAAUCUCAAA